UGCAAGUUUCAAGAGAUCUGAUAUACUAAACCAGAAGAAUUCAAGAAUGAAGAUGUCCAUUUGUCCCAACUCUACAGUUGAUGUAGAAGAAAAUAAUCCCAUGUACACGAGGGAUUUUCAGACGAUGUUGGAUGAGGAAGGUUGCGUAGAGGAAUAUUCCGGCCAUGUUUCCGACAAGAAAAGGAGGCUGAGCCUCCAUCAAGUGAAGGCUUUGGAGAAGAAUUUCGAGGUUGAAAAUAAGCUCGAGCCGGAGAGAAAAGUGAAGCUCGCCGGAGAACUGGGGUUGCAGCCUAGGCAGGUGGCGGUUUGGUUCCAGAACCGCCGCGCGCGGUGGAAGACGAAGCAGCUGGAGAGAGAUUACGGCCUUCUUAAGGCGGAUAGAGAUGCACUUAAGCACAAGUAUGAAAAACUCCGGCAGGAUAAUGAAUCUUUGAUGAAUGAGAUUAAGGAGCUGAAAAUGAAGCUCAAUGAAGACGGCAAACCCGACACCAAAGUUUCGGUAAAAGACGAGAAUUUGGUGGUGUCCGAAACCGAAGAAAAAAGCAAACUCGAAACCGAAUAUGACUCAGAAGCCGCCAUGGAAGUCAAUUUCGAAAGCUUCAACGGCGACGAGAACGAAGAAAUCGGGUGUGCCUCGUUUUUCUGCGAUUUAAAAGACGGAUCAUCCGAUAGUGAUUCGAGUGCGAUACUGAACGAUUACAACAGUCCACGUCAUCAGUUCUUGGAUAUUCACAGUGGCGGUUCAUCGUCUUCAAUGAAUACGAUGAGUUUCCAGUUUUCCGACAGUGGCAAUAAGGAAAUUAGUGCGAGUAUUCUUGGAGAUGGGCAGAAGAUGUGCCAGCUGGCACAGAUGCAGUUUGUGAAGAUCGAGGAGCAUGACUUUUUCGGGGACGAAGAAUCCGAUAACUGCAGUAAUCUGUUUUGUGAUGAUCAAGCUCCGACCCUCCAUUGGUACUCUUCUCAUGACUGGAAUUGAUCGAUUUCUUGCCCGAAACAACUACGUCAUAAAUAAGGAUACCACUUUUUAAAUUAAAAAAAAAAAGGAAUUCCGAAUUUUGUAUAGUGAAAAUGAUGGGAAUCAAGAUUUCAUGCAAAAAAAAAAAAAGAAAAAAAGUUUAUUUUCGAG